GGGCGGGGAUAACGGGCAGGGCGCGGGGAGGGGGAGAGGGAAGCGGCCCCGGGCAGGGUGACAUGCCGGGUCCCGAGCGGGCCUGGCAGUGGGUGACCGGCGCCCGCCUCCCGCAGGCCGCUCGCCGUCAUCAUGCCGAGCCCCCGGAGCAGCCGCGAGCGGCGCGCCGGCAGCGGCGGCCGCCUGGAGUUCCUGUCCCUGAGCCAGCGCGGGCCCGCCGCCCCCGAGAGCCCCUCCCGCCGCAGGGAGCCCGCCGGCGCCGCCGCCGCCCCGCUGCCCGAGGAGGACUGCAUGAAGCUGAACCCGUCCUUCGUGGGCAUCGCCCUCAGCUCCCUGCUCGCCAUCGACCUCUGGGCCUCCAAGCGCCUGGGGGUGUGCGCUGGGGAGGGCUCGGCCUGGGGCAGCGCCCGCCCGCUCAUGAAGGUCAUCGAGGUGUCGGGGCACGGCAUCCCCUGGCUGCUCGGCACCUUCUACGGGCUCUGCCACAGUGACAGCUCGGCGGCCAGGGAGGUGCUGCUCAACCUGCUCUUCGGCUCACCCGGGAUGUCUGGUGGCAGAGGAGUGACCCUGCAGCUUACACCGACACGAGUCAUUUGUCACAGCUGCAACCAUGAGCUGGCAAACUCCCGACUGCUAAACUGCUCCUGCAGUUACAAAACGCUCUCGAGGCUGAAGCCUCUCAGCUCCCCGAGCUUGUCACAACAGCACGUUCCAGCGUUGCUGCUGGACCUGGUGAUGGUGGCGGUGGUGAAGGGGCUCGUCAAGCGGCCGCGGCCCACGCACAACAAGAUGGACAUGUUCGUCACCAUCUCGGUGGACAAGUACUCCUUCCCCUCGGGCCACGCCACCAGGGCCGCUCUCGUCUGCCGCUUCGUCCUGCGCCACCUGGUCCUGGCCGUCCCCCUGCGCGUGCUCGUGGUGCUCUGGGCUCUCAUCGUCAGCAUCUCCCGGGUCAUGCUGGGCAGGCACAACAUGACGGACGUGCUCUUCGGGCUGCUGCUGGGCUACGCGCUCUACGGCGUGGUGGAGCACUGCUGGCUGUCCCCGGCCACCGCGCCCGCCCUCUUUGCACUCUGGAGCCGCUGACCGCCCGCUGGCCUCGGCACCAAGCAGGGGCCGUGUGCUGGUGUUCUGAGCACGAUUGGAGGGGAUUCUGGUGCUGAACUGGCAUCCGAACCCCAUCAGUCCGGCCAAGACUUCCACACGAGCGGUGCUGUAGGCUCCAGGCCUGCACUCAGAUGUCCGGUGCUGUCCUGCCCUGCUGCUGGCUGUCAGGCAGGGUCUGCGCUGACUGUUCUCUGGUGACCAAAAGCAGUCUCUGCAGAGCCUGGGGAGGGCUCAGCACACCCAUCCGGCAGCUCACUGCUAAUACUGUGAAUCUGCAUGCUCUCGCUGGGCACCUGCCAUAGCCCAUGGUGUGUGUGGUAGCUGUGACUCUGCAGAGGUUUCUCUGCAGUCACCCCUGUAUCUGUAUCCUAUAAAUACACUGAUCAUGCUGCUGUCGUAA